AUGAGCGGCCUAUUAGGUCUCAACUAUUAUGACGACGAAGACGACGAACAACAAUCCGAUAACGACGGAGUUACGGAAGAACAACACAUUACCGUCACAGCUAUCUCGUUCGAUAACUCGGGCGAAGAUCAAGGGGAGGUCAGAAAAAAUUUGGAGACGAAAAAUGUAGUAUGGUUUCCUGAAAGCAUGCGCAUGUCAUGGGCUUUGGAUCCUGUGGGAUAG